AUGUCUGUUAUUGGAAUCACUUUUGGAAACACAUCAUCCUCAAUCGCUGUUGCAACACAGGAUGGAAAAGUAGACGUUAUUGCCAACCCAGAUGGUGAUCGUUCCAUUCCAUCUGCCUUGUCAUAUGUCGGAACAGACGAAUACCACGGCUCUCAAGCAGAAUCAAGAUUGAUCAGAAACCCCGAAAACACCAUUGUCAACUUUAGAGACUUUGUUGGUAAGAAGUUUGCCGAUAUCAAGCACGAUUUCUCAUAUGGGGCCAAGCCACAAGAUGCCAACGGCGAAAUUGCUUACAAAAUAGUCAACGACGGCAAGACUGAAGUGUUAUCUUUGAACACUGUUGUAGAAAGACACUUUAAGCAGCUCAAACUGGCUGCUGAAGAUUAUAUCGGAAAGCCAGUCAAAAACGUCGUUUUGGCAGUGCCCACUGAUUUCACAGAGCACCAAAGAGAAGAGCUCUCCAAGAUUGUUGGCAAUGCUGGAUUAAAUGUAUUGCAAUUGAUCAACGAACCAUCUGCAGCAUUGUUAGACCACUUGUCAUCUGAAGAGGGCAAAUUGGCUGAGGACAAGAUCUACGCUGUUGCAGAUUUUGGUGGUGUCAGAUCCGAUGGUGCAAUCAUCUCAGUGAGAGGAGGAGUCUUGACCAUUUUGGCCACUGCCCACGAAUAUGGUUUGGGUGGUGACAACUUGGAUGCAGCAUUGUCUGAGUUUUUCGCUAAAGAGUUUGAGAAGAAAUACAAAGUUGACCCAAGAAAGACUGCUAGAUCUCUUGCAAAAUUGAAGGCAGAAUCCAUCACCGUUAGAAAGACCUUAUCCAAUGUGCAAACAUCAACAUGUUCCAUCGAGUCAUUGGCCGAGGGUUUUGAUUUCCACACUAGUAUCAACAGAUUGAGAUACGAGUUAACGGCAAGAGAACCAUUGUCCAAGAUGACUGCUUUUGUUGAAAAACUCAUCGCAAAAGCCGAGUUGGAUCCUUUGGACAUUGAUGAAGUGUUGUUAGUUGGUGGUUGUGCCCACACUCCAAAAUUGGCUUCAAGCAUCUCUUAUCUUUUCCCAGCUUCCACUAAGGUGAUUGCACCUUCCUUGGUCACCAAGGCCUCCAACCCAUCAGAAUUGGUUGCCCGUGGUGCAGCAUUACAAGCAGCUUUGAUUGAAGGUUUUGACCAAGAAGAAAUCAACGAGUCAUUGCAGCCAAUUGUUGUCAACACCCAACAUUUGCUGAAACCAAUUGGUAUCAAAGACGCCGACGGUAAAUUUGUGCCGAUAUUGGUUGCAGAGACUGCUUAUCCAAUCAAGAGAUCUUUGGAAGUGACAAAUGGAGAAAACUCUACAGUUUCGAUUCAAUUGUACGAAGGUAAAAGAACUGUUAAGGAAACCGUGGUUGAAAACGCACACGACGAUGAAGAAGAUUCCGAAGACGAAGACUCCGAAGAAGAACCAGAGAUUGAGAGAGAAGUUGUUUAUGAGGCAGGCGACUUGUUAGCUGAGCUUUCCUUAUCUGACUUGAAACCAAAUGCUAAAGUUGAAGUGACGGUUAACAUCACUCAGAAUGGUGUUUUGCACUUGACCGGAAGAGAGUUGAAGCAAGGCGCAACUCCAGUCAAGGGUGAAAUUUCAUCCCAAUAG